AUGCUCGCGCGCGGCCCCAGUUGCUUCGCCUUCAACGCGCGCCGCGGCGCCCUGGGCCUCGGCCAGCUGGGCUCGCAAGGCGGCCGCGCGCUGCCGGUGCUCGCGCGCCGCUUCAGCGAGAAGGCCGCGGCGCCGACGUCGCUGGCGCCGGGCCAGUGCCCGGACUACUGGACGGGCCUCGAGCCCGAGGCCUGCCCCGGCUUCGAGCCGGCGACGGCGACGCUGUCGUCGCUCAAGCCUCCGGACCUGCGGCUCCGCGGGCCCGCGCUGCGCGCCGCGCUCGAGGCCUACUUCGAGAACGGCUGGGCGCUCACGGAGGUGCUCUUCAGCGGCCUCAAGGACGAGGACGUCUUCGUGCGGCCGCCGGCCCACGGCCUGCGCCACGCCAUGAUCUUCUACUACGGCCACCCGGCCGCGCUCGCGAUCAACAAGCUCCGCGCCGCCCGGCGCGUCGCCGGCGCGAUCACCGAGGGCGUCGUGCCCCGGUGGGAGGUGCUCUUCGAGACGGGCGUCGACGAGAUGUCCUGGGACGACCUCGACACGCCCCAGACGGCCUGGCCGACCGUGGGCGCGGUCACGGACUACCGGCGCCGGUGCCGCGACGUCUACCUCGACGUCGUCCGGAACCACCCGGCGCUCGACGCGCCGCUCGCCGCGGGCGCGCCGACGGACAGCAACGCCGUCGUCUGGUCCCUCGGCAUGAUCUGCGAGCACGAGCGCAUCCACCUCGAGACGUCGACGACCCUGAUCCGCGAGCUGCCGCUCGAGUGCGUGCGCCGCCCGGACCACUGGCCCCUGGACCACGCGUCCGCGUGGGCCGAGGGCGAGGACGCGCCCGUCGAGCUCCGGCGCGUCGCCGCGGGCACCGUGACCCUGGGCAAGCCCCGGACCCACGGGUCCUACUCCUGGGACAACGAGUACGGGUCGCGGUCCAUCGACGUGCCCGCGUUCGAGUGCGCGCGGACGCCCGUCACGAACGGCCAGUUCCUCGAGUUCGUCAGGGCCGGCGGCUACGCGGACCCGGCGCACUGGACCGAGGAGGGCUGGGCCUGGCGCUCCUUCCGCAACACGAAGUGGCCCCACUUCUGGGUCUCCAAGGGCCCCCAGGGCCUCCACGACUACGCGCUCCGGCUCCCGUUCGCGGAGACGUCGGCGCUGCCCCGGGGCCUCCCCGUGGAGAUCAACAAGCACGAGGCCGCGGCCUACACGGCCUGGCUCGCGUCGACGCUCGGCUGCGACCUGCGGCUGCCCAGCGAGGCCGAGUACGCGCGGCUCCGCGAGGUCAACGCGGACGCCGAGGGCGCCGGCCCGUCGAUCCGCGACGCCGCCGUCGACGAGGCGCGCGACGCCGCCGUCGCGCUCGACGCGCCGGAGCUCCGGGCCAAGGACGUGAACCUGAGCCUCGCCUACGGGUCGCCGUCGGCCGUCGACGCGGGCGCGCAGGCGCGGCUCCCGUUCCCGUCGCUCGCGGGCAACUGCUGGGAGUACUGCGAGGACUGGUUCGCGGCGCUGCCGGGCUUCAAAGCGUCGCCCCUCUACGAGGACUUCUCGACGCCCUGCUUCGACGGCCAGCACGCGCUCAUCCUCGGCGGGUCCUUCGUGGCCACGGGCAACGAGGCGUCGCUGUUCAGCCGCUUCCACUUCCGGCCCCACUUCCACAACAUGAUCGGCUUCCGCGUCGUCCGCGGCACGACCAACCCGGAGCUCUCGUCCCACGACGCGCCGCCGCCCUGGGCCGCGGGCUGGGUGCCGCCCGCGUACGUCAGGGAGAAGGAGAGCGAGGAGGGCGGCCACAAGUACGAGUCGCGCGCGCAGCUCGCGGCCUACCUGGACCUGCACCACGGCGGCGCGGGCGCCCUCGACGGGCCCGCGGCGGACCUGGCGUCCUACGACCUCCGCGACGCGCUCGACUUCCCGCGGCGCUGCGCGGACGUCCUCGUCGCGGCGACGGGCGCCGCGGCCGGCGCGCGCGCGCUCGACGUCGGCUGCGCCGUCGGCGGCAGCGCCUUCGCCAUGGCCGAGAGCGGCGCCUUCGGCGACGUCGUCGGCGUUGACUUCGCGCAGUCCUUCGUCGACGCGGCGGCGGAGCUCAACGCCGCGGGCGAGCUCCGCUACGAGCGGUCGGGCGAGGCCGGCGGCCGCGGCGCGCGCGCGACGGCGGCCGUCGCGUCGAGCGGCGCCCUGAGCUUCCGCAGGGCCGACGCCUGCGACCUGCCCGCGGAUCUCGGCGGCUUCGACGCGGUCCUCGCGGCGAACCUGCUCUGCCGCCUCCCGGACCCGGCCGCGUUCCUCGACCGCCUCGGCGCGGGCCUCGUGAACCCGGGCGGGGCCGUCUACAUCGUCAGCCCCUUCUCUUGGAUGGAGGAGUACACGCCCGAGGCGUCGUGGCUCUCGCCCGAGGCCCUCGAGGCGAAGAUGAAGGCCAACGGCUUCGACCUCGAGAGGGAGACGCCCGAGGCGCUCGUCAUCCGCGACCACGCGCGCAAGUUCCAAUUCAUCACGGCGCCGUCGCUCCGGCAGAGCGAGAUGGUCGUGCGGCGGGCGCCGCCGCCGACGGACGACGCCGGCGAGGGCCUCCUCGACGGCGCGAGCCGGCGGUCGGGCUGCUCGACGAAGGACGUCGACGACGGCGGCCCGCUGCCCUGGGGGUGCCUCGCGGCGCUGGGCCUCGCGAAUGCGGCCGAGGCCGUCGAGGUGCUCUGCACGAGCUACCUGCUCACGGGCAUCCCCGCGGCGGCGUCGCGCGCGGCGGUGUCGAGCGGCGUCUACUGCGGCAUGCUCGUCGGCGGCGUCGGCGGCGGCGUGCUCGCCGACGGGGCGCGGUGGGGCGGCCAGCUGCCGCGGACGCGCGUGCUCGUGGGCGCCAUGGCUUUAGCGUGCCUCGGCGGCCUCGGCGCGUCGACGGCGCGGUCGGCCGCGGACAUGUGCUUCUGGCGCGUCUUGGCCGGCGCGGGCGUCGGCGCGGCGACGCCGCCCCUCUUCGCGCUCGCGGCGGAGGUCAGCGACGGGCCGAAGCGCGGGCGGGGCAUCGCCUUCGUCGCGUCGUUCUGGAUGGUCGGCGGCGUCUUCGCGGCCGCGCUCGCGAUGGGUCUGCUGCCGGACGAUUUGCGCGUCGACUGGUCCGCGUCCGCGGCCGCGCCCUGGCGCGUCUACGCGGCCUGCUCGGCCCUGCCGUCGGCGGCGUCGGGGGUCGUGUUCCUCGCGCGCGGCGCGGGCGAGCGGAAGGUCCUCGACGCCGCGGCUCGGGCCCCGCCGGCGGACGGCGCGCGCGCGUCGUCCGAGCGCGACGAGCGCCGGCGCGUCUUCCUCUUCCUGGCCGUGGCCUUCUGGGGCCUCUACUUCGGCUACUACGGCCUCGCGACGUGGAUCACGGUCAUCGUCGACGAGGCCCACAUCGGGAACACGUACGUCGUCGCGCUCUACUACGCCGCGGCGAAUCUGCCCGGCAACGUCGCGGCCUACGCGCUGAUCGACGCCGUGGGGCGCCAGAGGCUGCUGGCCGGGGCCAUGGGCACGGCGACGCUCGCCUGCGUACUCCUCGCCGUGUCGCUCGGCGGCGAGGCCGACGGCCUCGCGGCCUGGGAGAAGACGGCGGCCGUCGCCGCGGCGCUGCUCGUCAACGCGGCGACGACGGCGGGCUUCUCGGCGCUGGACGCGCUCGCGGCGGAGUCCUUCGACGCCGCGCGGCGCGCGACGCACGUCGGGCUCCUCUGCGCCAUCGGCCGCGUCGCGUCCAUCUCGGCGCAGCUCGUCAACUCGACGCUCGCGGAGUCGCCGGCGCUCCUCGUCGCCGUGACGUCGGCCCUCAUGUGCCUGGGGGCGCUAGCGACCUUCGGCAUCCGCGAGCCGGCCGACGUCGUCGGGGGCGUCGCGGCCGACGGGACCUCCGCGGGACUUGUGUAA